AUGAUUCACCAGGACCGCCGGAAGGAGGCUGACCGCUUGCUUCGGGACGAGUUGGCAGUGUUUCAGACUUCGGCCAGAUACACGUCAAAGUCCGCCGAGGCACGCAUCCUACAAGCCCUGGCGGACGUUAGCUCGGACAGGCGCGGGCAGAAGAAGCGCGAGGAGGCCUUGAAAUCUGCCGGACAAGCUCGCGAUAUGGCUGUAGAUGAGGCGGACAAAGGCCUGGAGGCUUCUACGCUGGCAGUCAUGGCGAAGAUCUUCAUCAAGUUCAAAGGUGACCGCAAAGCCUGCAACAAAGAAGGGCAUCGCCUGGCAACAAAGGCCCUGGAGCUGUUCGACGAAAUGCAAGAUGUGCGCGGCCAGGCAAUUGCCUCGCAGCACUCAGCCGUCGCGCAGUGCAACCUCCAGCAGUUUGUACCUGCACUGCAGAGCCUUCAGGCGGCGAUCAGCUUUUGGCGCAAGAGCGAGGAUGCCAUGAAUGAAGCGCACUGCUUGGUGAUGAUGGCCGAGUGGCUUCUCCACUGGAACCAGCCGACAAGGGCUGGGCCAGCUGCCGACCAGGCCUUGGCUCUCUACAACAGCCACGGCGUCGGUGGCCAACGUGCGACCAAAGCCCUGCAGCUCGCCGUCCGCGCCCAGAUCAGCAAUGGCGAGCCCUGGCGGGCCAUAUGGACCUCCGAGGAUGCAGUUGCGCGGUCCCGCGAGAAGAAGGAUCAGCGCAGCGAGGCUCAAGCCCUUCUCUGCUUGGCAGAAGGUUACACCUGCUCGCCAUCGGGCCGUGAGCAGCAGGAGGCACGGCUGUGCGCAUCGGUUGAAGUGAGGGUGAAGGUGCUAUCACGUGCUAUCGACCCGAUGUCAGACGCUUACAGCUGGCAAAACAAGAAGUCAUGGUGA